GUGCCUGCCUGCUGCUCGGCCAGGACGCAAAUGGCUGGGUCCGAGAGAGCCGAUCCUCUCGGGGCGCAAAUGGCUGAACCCCAGAGCGCCGAGCUACCCCGGGUGGAGACGUGGGGCCCGCCGCCUUCGAUGGAGCGAUGGAAGAAGUUCCACGUCCAACCCUUAGAGGAACAGCUGGAAUACUUCGAUUUCGACCCUCGGGUGACCAUUUCAGAUGAUUUAAAAAUAGGCUAUUUCAAAACAGAUCGUGCUACUCAAACAGAUGUCACUGAAGUAUUGGAAAUAAAAAAGCUAAGUGACACAACACAAAAACUAGUCAAGCUUACUACUCUCCUUCAACGAGAUUUUAAAUAUCUCAAAAUGUACCUCCAGAUGCAAUUUGAGGACCGCCUGAAAGAAGAAUCCAAUAAACUCUAUAAAGAACUACAAAUGAUUAUUGAGGAAAUAGUAGCUCUUCAUGAAAAGAAUGAGGACACAAUGAGAAAAAGCUUCUAUAAGCAGCUGUGUGAUGCCAUUGCUACUAUCAGAGGGGCAUAUUUGCACUUCUUUGAAGUAGAUGAAGAAGUUGCAAAAAUACCCUCAGUGAAUAUAAAUAUUUUCAAAAGAAAGCUUAUGGAGAAAAAUGAUAUAAUAACAGAUUUACAGGAACAAUUAGCAUCCUAUAAAGAAAAUAAGUUUUCCAAAUUGGAAUCCUUAAAGGAAGAACACAAUGAGAAAAUAGCACAACUAGAAAAGGAGAUUAGCGACCUCAGAAGGGAAAAUGACAGAAUGAAUAAGGCCACUGCGGAACUUGAAGAGGACCUUCAACUCUGUGAAAAGGCAAAUACACUCUUAGAAGGUGAACUUUCGGCUAUGAAACAAAGAAUGGAGAAUGAUCAGAAAAUGAUUCAAAAGCUAACCUUACUGAAAGACAAAUUAAGUGAGGAGCUUGAUCAAGAGAAAAGAGCAAUUCAAGACAUGUAUGACCAACAAAAGGAAGAUAUUGAAGAAACAAGAAGGCUCUUGGAAGCUGAAGGCAUUGGUGCCAAGUCCUUUAGAGAAACUCCAAAGUCACAAUAUGAAGAAAGGCCAAGUAUUCGCAGGACCCCCACGUUGAGAAGUCAGUCAAGAAGUCAGUCAAGACGUCUGUCAAGAAGUGUGCAAAAAGAAGGUUUUAUGAGAGAAGGGACCCCAGCAGCGUCAGCUGCGGCGGCGGCGGCGGCAACGGCGGCGGCGGCAGCAGUAGCCAAAGCCGAGCACAGAAGAGAUGAGAAGCAUGAUCUAAUAUGGAGAGAAGAAGUAGACAGUAAACAGUCAAUGGAGUUUCAAAUCAAAAAGCUGAAGAAGAUUUUGGAGAUACAGAAAAGACAGUUAAGAAGUCUUCAAACUGAUCAGGAAAGCAAAAUGUGGCAAAAGAAAUACUUAAUUCUAAGGAACAGUUUACAUGCCCUCAAGGAUGAGAUGUUUACCAGACAGUCCUUUGUUCGCCAGUUUGUAACACUUUCCGAUGCCUACUUCAAUUAUCACAAAGCAAAGCCCUUAUACAUACAGCCAAAACGUGUUUCCUCAAUGAAAGAAAGGCCACAUCAACCUACAGUUUUGCCCCAUCUAGACAGCAGUAGUCAUUCUCAAAACAGUGCCGACUUUUUAAUCUUUUCAAUGCCCACUACAUCAAGAGUGGUGAUUUCGGAAGGAGAGGAAGAAGAAAUUGAUAUUGAAUUCCCAUAAUAAGCAAUGCCCCAAUAAUAACUAAGGGGCAGAAAGUGGAGUACCAGAAGACAAAUGCAGUGAGCAGACCUUGACUUUACCAUAGUUCCAGAUAGACAGUUUAUCAGCUUGUAAAUUAACUAUUUAACCUUUUCCCCUUCCCAUCCCUGAUUUUGCCCUGAAUGAGCUCCUAUAAUUGAAGGGGAAGCUCUUCGGGUUGCCGCAUCAGCGCUCAAUGUAUCCUUUUCUCAAGUAAUUUUCAUGCGUGUUCAGGUUAAGCCCUGGGCCGGACAGAUCCUCCAGGGGCUGCCACAACCCUCAGCUCUGGGGCACUAACCCCCUGCCUACUCUAGGACCUGGGCUAUAUGCAA